GUGUUGCGGCGAACAGUCAAAUUCGAAAUAAGCAAAAAGUUAAAGAGUUCUAAAGUGAAGUAGAAAAAAUGGCUUUACAAUUGAGAAACGUUGCCACCAAAUUGUUUAAUCCAACAUUGAAUUUGGUGCGAAACCGUUCACGAGCAUCAUUGCCAUCGUUAUUCUGGGAAGAUCCAUUCAGAAGUCAUCGUAGUUUGAUUAGAGAUUUUUGGAAUACGGAUCCAUUUGACUUGGUAAUGCCAAGUCGAUUAACUGCAUACCGGCUGCCUUAUUGGGAAGGUGAAAAAUUCGUGAGCACACCCGAAGAUGGAUUUCAAGUGUCGUUGAAUGUGCAAAACUUUAAACCAGAAGAAGUUUCUGUGAAAAUCGCCGAUAAUAACAUCAUCAUUGAGGCGAAACAUGAAGAACGUAGUGAAGACGACAGCUAUGUUUCACGACACUUCAGCCGACGAUACACAUUGCCCGAGAAUUGCAGCAUCAAAGAUGUGGUCUCUACCUUGUCGGCUGAUGGCAUUCUAACCGUUCGAGCUCCACCAAAGGAAAUUGACACCAAAAAUGCACGAACAGUUCGCAUCCAACAAACUGGAGCCGCUCAUGUCGAAUCAGAGUCAAAAAAAGUUGAGGAACAAAAAGACGAACCAAAAAGUUAAAUAUUAAGAACUUGAACAAUAAGAAUGAAAGAAAUUAAAUUUUAGGAAUGUAAAAGAUGUGAUGCCAUUGAAUUGAAGGAGAGUGAAAUAAAAACUUUCGAAUGAAAAAAAAAACUAAAAAAAAAAAU